AUGGGCGACAGACAGCACGCCUUCCAGCCUCCGCAGGGGCAGCCGCCGACUCCCGCCUUCUGGCAGGCGGGGAACUACUACCAGCCCGGCAACCUGGUGUGGUGGGCGGGUUCAGUGUGGAAGUGCGAGAAGCCGCACACGUCCGGCCCCUUCAACCCAUUGAACCUGUGGACGCCGAUCGGUUCGUCUCUCAUGGGUGCGCCAGGCCCUCCUCCGUCGUCUUCCUUCGCCAUGGCGCCCGUGACCUCCUUCGUGCGGCGCGAGGACCCAGCCCAGCGCGCCGGCCUGAUGCAGAGCGAGACGGAGGCGUCGUGGCAGACAGUGAACCUGCAGGACGAGCUGCUGGGCAAGCGCAUCUUCCGCGUCGCGGGCGUCAAUGCACUGACGUACACGCCCGAGCAGGAGCUGGACCAGCUCCGCAAAGCCGCUUGGGUCGAGUACCUCCACCGGAAUGGCGAGAACGAGCCGCUGUGGACUGAGGGAUGCCGGGGUCGCGCGGCGAUCAUGGCCGCCAGCGGCCGCGAUGGCUCGCCCCUCCCCCUCGUGCGCUGGCAGUGGGUCGAGGUCGAUGGGCCCAUCCCCGUCGACGCUAUCCCGGUCGGAAACGAGGCGGCGGGCCAGGUCCUCUUCGCGGGCCGCGUGUACAUCAACGGCGGCAUCCAUCUGGGCAAGCGUAAGAGCCAGCUGCACGGCUCCAGAGAGCUGACACCCAGGGUCGGCGAACACUUGCAGAACCGCAUCAGCGUGUCGUGGGGCGGGGCCGAGCGCACGCACCAGGGCUUCGAAGUGCUGUGCGGCGAUUACACGUGCAUCGAGUGGAUUCGCGUCGGCAAGGGUCAGGCCGCGACGUUCCCGAACCGUCUGCCCGUCGAGGGAGGGCGGGAGAGGGACGGCCGCGGCAUCCUCGCCGCGCGCAUCGAGUAUGGCGGAGGCGUGCAUCCCGGAACGAACACGACAGUCAGCGACAGAGACAGCGACAGCGACAGCGACAUGAGCACGGAAGAACAGCAGUCAACGGCGUGCGUCCCGGACGACCUGAGGGCGGCGGCCGAGAACAAGUUCGAGUACGGCGACAAGCCCGAGUCGUCCAUCUUUGCGCGGGACGAUGCGCCCGUACAUAACGUCCCCAUGGCCGUGAUUCGGCGACCGCUGCCGAGCGAGCUGGACGAGGACAAGGUGCUCGCGUUCAUGGAGGAGAUGAAGGUAGGUCUUUCUCGUGGUGGAGGAGGAGGCUGGUGGAGGUUGGUCCAGUUCGGUGGAGGCGGUAGCGUGCGCCCUCAUCCCAACCUCGCACGCCCAGGGAGCAAGGGCGACUCCUUCACGCCCAUCGAGGUCGUGAAAGUCCAAGCACCCCUCAAAACCGACCCAAAUGGCCAAGUACACAACUUCUACUUCUCCAUGGGCGGGUGUCACCGCUUCGAGGCGACGAAACGGCUUGGAUGGCCUACGAUCCGCGCACGCAUCAUCCAGGUGCCCCCGAGCAAUAUGAGGAUAUACCUUGGGGCUGGGUGUCCGUUUUAG